GUAAAUUAAGAGAAAAUUUGGUUAUAUAUUAUUUUUGAUAAUUAUUUUAAUUUGUAAAUAAUUUUCAAAAGAAAAAAAAUACAAAUUUGACGAGUCGAGAAAAAAUAAAAUUGAUGUAUGACGAGUCAAUGAACGAAUUAUUAUUACCACUGUGGGAUAAUAAAAUGAAAUAAUAAAAAAAAUGCAUCCUUCAAAACCAAUAAUGUCUGCCGGAGCACAGAAAAAACAAGUUCCCCGUCUUCCUGAAGUUUACUCAUCUGGAAGUAAAAGUCGAGCUUCACGAUUGGAUUUAGUAGGAAAUGAAGAGUGGAUGCGAAAUAAAACUCUUCUCAAACCAGAUGAUCAGUUGCAAUUAACGGAAGCUGAAUUACAAGAAGAAAUUGCACGUGUAUUACAAAUACAAAAUACGAGAAUUCCUGACAAUUUGAUAGAAUGGUCCUGGAAACAGAGGGAAUUUAUUCCAAUGCCAGAUCCACCAAAUAUCGUCACUAUUCUCAAUGUACCUGGUAUUCUUUUGCAUAAAGAUUCCGAAGAAGCAAAAAUGCAAUUGGCAGGUGGACUAAUCGUCGAAUCCCAAGAAGAGGAACAAUCAAUUACAGAAGAAUUCGAGGAUCAAAUGGUGGAGGAAGAAGAAGAAGAAAGAGAAGACGAUGAAGUAGGAGAAGAAAUAGAGGACGAAUCUGAGGAACAAGGAAAAGAACCCCAGGUUGAAGUGGAACAAGAAAUAGACGAAGAAGAAGUUGAGAAAACAAAACCAAAAAAAGUACCAAAUCAAUUUAAUUUUUGUGAAAGAGCAACAUUAACGUACAAUAAUCCUAUUCGUGAUAUGACUACGCAAACUGUACCACCUCCAAGUGCCUCAUACAGUGCUGAUGUUUAUCAAUGGACAAUUUUCGAUGACUAUCAAGAAGACUAUGAACAACAGCAAAAGGAAAAGGAGAAAGAUAAAAAAGUACCUUUACCACAGGCUAAAAAAGAAGAAUUAAAAAAACAAUCACAAGUGGAAGCUGUGGCUGUAACAAAUAGAAUGCUACAAUCUGCCAAAACAUUGGAGCGAAUGGUGAAUCAGAAUAUUUAUAAUGAAAUAUUGCAGGAUUACAGAUACUGGGAUGAUCCGAGUGAUGAAUUUAAAGAUGGAGAAGGCUCUUUGUUACCAUUGUGGAAAUUUAAUUAUGAAAAGACAAAAAAACAUGAUGUCACAGAUUUAUGUUUUAACAGUAGAUAUUACGAUUUAUUUGCCGUUUCAUUUGGAACAAUGUGUUUCGAUAGUUCGAUAACAAUGGGAGCAGUUUGUUUAUUCAGUUUGAAGAAUCCUUCAUAUCCAGAAUGGAUUUGUCUAACAGAAUCACCUGUUAUGUGUUUAGAUUUUAAUAUACAGCAUCCUCAUCUUUUAGUUAUAGGCACUAUGGAUGGAGCAGUUUCGGUUUAUAAUGUCAUUUUACCAUCUUCUGCACCACAAUAUAAGAGUAAUGAUGUCAAUCAAAAACACGCUGGAAUCGUUUGGCAGAUUUGUUGGGCCCCAGAUACAGAAGAGGGAAAUCUCGCUUUUUACAGUAUUAGCAUUGAUGGGAAAAUUAAUUAUUGGGUAUUACUUCAAAAUGAUCUUGGCUUUACGACAAUAAUGACACUUUUUCUCGAUACGUCACCAAUAACAGGACCUGACGGUACAAUAGUUACAUUAAAAAGCUGUGGAACGUGUAUAGCAUUUCAUCCAAAAGAUCAAAAUAUUUUUCUCGUUGGCUCUGAAGAAGGAACAAUUUACAAAUGUAACACUGCUUAUAAUAGCGUUUACAUGAGAACUUAUGAAGAAGCUCAUAAUAUGCCUAUUUAUAAAAUUGCUUUUAAUAAAUAUAAUUCGAAUAUAUUUGCAAGUUGCUCGGGUGAUUGGAGAAUAAAAAUUUGGGAAGAUGAUCGACCAGAACCACUUUUUAUGUUUGAUCUUGGAGUACCAAUUGGUGAUGUACAAUGGGCUCCUUAUAGUUCCACAGUAUUUGCUUGUGUUUCAAAUGAUGGUAAAGUCACGGUAUUUGAUUUAAAUGUUAAUAAAUAUCGUCCAAUUUGCUCACAGGCCAUUGUCAGUAAAAAGAAGAAUAAACUAACAAGAUUGGCAUUCAAUAACUCUCUACCUUUCAUUAUAGUUGGUGAUGAUAAGGGCACUGUACAUACGUUAAAAUUAUCUCCAAAUUUAAGAAUAAAAGUGAAACCAACAAAGAAACAAUCACAUUUAUCAAGUGCUGAACUAGAAACAAUGAAAUUAGAAAGAUUAUUAAGUUUUGUUAGGGAACCCACAACGUUGACAUCUCCAAAAGAUGUAAGAAGUCCAAAACAGUAACAAUUUUUCUUUUUUUUUAGAAAAAACAAUAUAAUUUAAAGAUUUAAAAAAAGGGUACAUUGGGCGAUUUAUAUUAAAAAAAAUAAAUUCGCAAAUUAUAAAAAUUCACGGAUUUAUUUAUUAUUAAUAAAUUAAUUAUUCGAUUUUUUUUUUUUUACUGAAAGAGACUAAAUUUUUUAUUCAACAAUAACAACCUAUCAAUACAUAUGAAAAUGAAACAAUGUAUAUAGGUAUAUAUACAUAUAUAUAUAUAUUUAAUAUUUAAAUAUUUAUCUUCGUAUUCAUUCAUACACUCUACAAUACAUUACUUAUAAUGUAUCAAAUCAAUUCUCACCGCAGGCAGAGAAUAAUCGAUUAUUUAAGAAAGCGCUUUUUUUUUAAAGUUAAAAAUAGUUUAUAUCUAUCGUCAUUUAAAUGAAUUAUGGACUUUACUGAGAUUACACAUUUUAUGGGCUUAUCUUUACGUUUAUAAAUUUUUUUUUACUGUAUUCACGAAUAGUUACAAUAUUUAUAUAUAAUAAAAAAAAUUGACUAUCUUAUAUUAUUGAAUAUUGACUUCAAUUUGUUGUUCAACUAUAAAAUUAUUAAUUUUGUUGA